AUGCUGGGGCUCAAGUCAUUGAUAGAAGCGUGCUCUGCCGCUUGCAAUCCUCAUUUUGGGAUUGUUGUCAUACUGGUUGUCGUCUGCCCUACACUUCUCAUUGUCCAUCGUGCCAUCUACAACCUCUGCUUCCAUCCCUUGCGGCAUUACCCCGGACCUCGACUAUGGGCAGUCACUAGACUGCCUUGGAACCUCGUCAACCUCCAGGGAAAUCUAGCCUGGCGGAUCCGAGACUUGCACGAGCAGUACGGCCCAGUUAUACGAAUCGCACCCGACGAGCUCUCAUACACGGGUUCCACGGCAUGGAAGAAGAUUUACGGCCAGCGUUCACCCGAAUUCGUAAAAUGCUUUGACGGCCGCGGGAUUGCCGGGCCGGGAAUCACCAACCCUGCAAUCCGCAACGGCGGCAUUGUAACGGCCGACCAGGAGCCACACGCCCGACUGCGGAAAGCCGUGCUUCCAGCUUUCAGCGAACGAGCUUUGAGGGAGCAGGAAGACAUUCUUCAGCUUUACGCCGACAAGUUGGUGGAACAGCUCCGACACACUAGCACUAAGGGUUCUCCCCAGGACUUGGUCAAAUGGUUUAGUCUAGCCUCGUUCGACAUCAUCAGCGACUUGGCCUUUGGACAAGCUGCCGGCUGCCUUGACGAUGCAUCUCAACCAUGGCUACAGGUCAUUGGUGCUAGGGCCAAAGGCAUCGUGAGGUAUCAGUUUGCCAUUCACUACGGCCUUGAGAGCUGGCUGGAAUGGCUGGCGCCCAAGGCUCAGAAACUCGCGCUGAAGAAACACGGGGAGCUGACAGCCGCCAAAGUCAAGCGGCGGAUGCAAGACACGCAUACCAAAAGCGACUUUAUGAGCUACAUCUUGGAAAACCCACAGGCAGACUUGAGCAACGCCGAUCUGGUCAGAAUGGCCUCGGCAUUCAUUGUGGCGGGCAGCGGCACCACCGCUACGGCACUUUCUGGAAUCACGUUCCAUUUGUGCAACGCUCCCGACAAGCUACUCAAGUUGACGCAGGAGAUCAGAAACGCAUUCCAAAUUGAGACAGAAAUCACCAUGGCUUCGACUGCGGAGUUGAGAUACCUCAAGGCGGUGAUCGAGGAAGGAUUGAGGAUCUACCCUCCAAGCCCGAGUACUCUACCACGGUUCGUGCCCGGUACUGGUGAGGAGAUCGAAGGUAGAUGGGUACCUGGUGGUGUAAGUCUCAUUCUCUCGUUUUGGAACCCAAUUCAUCUUCUCGUGAUUGAAAUCAGAAUCUCACACUUUUACGAACAGACGGCGGUGGGCGUACAUCCACUCUCAGCUGGUCAUUCGAAACACAACUGGAGGAACCCCAAAGACUUUGUGCCAGAGCGAUGGUUAGAUACUGGGAGUGCCUUGGGAUUCCCCGAGGAUGACAAAUUUUCGAGCCAGCCGUUUUCUUUUGGUCCGAGGAACUGCAUCGGCAAGAGCAUGGCUUAUGCUGAGCUACGCAUCAUUAUGGCCAAGCUGCUAUGGAACUUCGAUCUCGAGUUAGUUGAGGAAUCCAAAGGAUGGCCGUCGAAACAAAAGGUGUAUCUCAUUUGGCAAAAGGUACCCUUGAUGAUUCGAUGUCGGCACAGACACUCGUGA